UAACGAUAUAAAGAUAAGAGGACCACCAAACUCAGAGAGUCUCACACAUUAUUAUUAUUAUCGACCAAACUCUUGUGAAGCUUAGCGGCAACCCUUUAUUGGCUUAUACAUGGGGGCUGAUCUGAACCACCGGCGGUCAUCGUACUUCUCCGGCUGCAUGUCGCCGUCGUGUGUCCCCGUGCACGAAGAAUACGCUCGCAUUCGUUUACCGUCUGCAGGUGCUAAAAGUGGGAACCGGAAAUGGCGAAAGCUGAUCAAGAAGUUAGUGAAGGAGAGCAAGAGCAUAUAUGGAUCCAAACCUUUGACAUUCCAAUAUGAUGCUGUUAGCUAUUCACAGAACUUUGAUGAGGGGUGUCACCACCAAGAUUAUGGCCAGUGUCCACAAGCAUUUCGAGAAAUUAGAUGGCAUGUACAUAAGUGAUAUAUAUUUUAUAUAGUCAGAUGUGUUUGUUAGUAAGUGUUGCUUAGAUCACUUCCUUUAAUGUUUAGAUCUAGGGGGUAUUAAAAGAUAUAUAUUUAUUUUCUUAAUCUUGAUGUUCUUAUUCUCUUUAAAUUGAAAUAUAAUACUAUUAUGUGGUUUUUCAGUCCUCUA